ACACUGUCAAGUUUAUUGACUCUGUGAACUGAGCUGGUGGCUCCACAAGGGUGACAGGUGAAAACAAUACAUAGUUUGACCCUGCAUGACAGAGUUUGAGUGCUGACCCCCAUGCAGUCAAAAAUGUGUACAUGAGUUUACAGUUGGCCCUCAUGCACGAUACUUGUUGACCACAGUACUGAGUAAACAUUUAAUGGAAGAAAUCUGCAUGUAAGUGCAGUUCAAACCCAUGUUCAAGGGUCAAGUGUAUUUUGAAGGCAACAGUGCUGCUUAGGGGAGGUUUGCUGUCUCAGCUGGGUCCUCUGAGUUGGGGAGAAACUUCCUCAAAGGAGAGGUGAGAGUGGGCCUUGAAACCAGCCUCUUGAGUCUUCAACUCCUGUCCCUCUGCAAGGACAGACAACUCAAGUGUGUGGAGAGUGGAGAAGCUUGGUGAGUCCCCUCGUGGUUGAACCAACACAACCAAGUGCAUUUGCUCUGGAUCUUACCUAGUACCAGAUGCUAAGAGGCCGUGAAGCACAGUGAGGAGUGGUUUCGGAAAUCCAAAGUCAGGGUUUGGAGUCCUCUGCCCAGCCUAGGGCAGAGCCACCCUCAGCUGGGAGAAACUGGAACCCUGGCGCCAAGGGGCAGCCCAGUCUGUGGGGGGCGCUCUGUAUCACCCUGGCUGCAUCCUGGCUAGGGCCCCCGCCUCUUCCGGCCAGUCUGCUCUCUGUGGGGUGGGGUCAAGCUGGAGGGGCUGGCUGUGUGCUGGAGGCUGAGUGAGCUGCCUGCUAAUGGGGCUGGGCCACCCUGCGCUGCUCCCUGAAGGGUGGACAAGGCUGGGAUUGUUCCCCGGCUCUCCUUUGUCUCCCACUCCCCGCCCAGGCCUGGCCCGCCUGUCUGCCACUCUCCUCUCCCUCCGGUUGGCCCGGCUGGCAAGAGCCUGGGACUCCGCCCGUGGAGCCAGGGCCGGUCACCCACCGCCUUAGGAGCGCCCAUCAAGCCCUGGGUCAACGUGGAGGUGCCGGGCCACCAUGCUCAGUCUCAAGCUGCCCCAGCUCCUUCGAGUCCACCAGGUCCCCAGGGUGUUCUGGGAAGACGGCAUCAUGUCUGGCUACCGCCACCCUACCAGCUCGGCCUUGGACUGUGUCCUCAGCUCCUUCCAGAUGACCAACGAGACCGUCAACAUCUGGACUCACUUCCUGCCCACCUGGUACUUCCUGUGGCGCCUCCUGGCGCUGGCCGGGGGCCCGGGCUUCCGGUCGGAGCCCUACCACUGGCCGCUGCUCGUCUUCCUGCUGCCCGCCUGCCUCUACCCGUUUGCGUCGUGCUGCGCGCACACCUUCAGCUCCAUGUCGCCCCGCGCGCGUCACAUCUGCUACUUCCUGGACUACGGGGCGCUCAGCCUCUACAGCCUGGGCUGCGCCUUCCCCUACGCCGCCUACUCCAUGCCGGCCCCCUGGCUGCACAGCCGCCUGCACCAGCUCUUUGUGCCCGCCGCCGCACUCAAUUCCUUCCUGUGCACCGGCCUGUCCUGCUACUCCCGAUUCCCAGAGCUAGAAAGGCCUGGACUCAGUAAGAUCCUUCGCACAGCUGCCUUCACCUAUCCCUUCCUGUUCGACAACCUCCCGCUCUUCUAUCGGCUCAGCCUGUGCUGGGGCAGGGCCCACAGCUGUGGACAGGAGGCGCUGAGCACCAGCCACGGCUACCACCUCUUCUGCGCACUGCUCACUGGCUUCCUCUUCGCCUCCCACCUACCUGAGCGGCUGGCACCAGGACGCUUUGAUUACAUUGGCCACAGCCACCAGCUAUUCCACAUCUGUGCAGUGCUGGGCACCCAUUUCCAGCUGGAGGCGGUGCUGGCUGAUAUGGGAUCUCGCCGAGCCUGGCUGGCUACGCAGGAAUCGCCCCUGGGCCUGGCGGGCACAGUGGCCACACUGGGCUUGGCGGUGGCCGGGAAUCUGCUCAUCAUUGCCACUUACACAGCUUCCCUAUUCCGGGCCCCCAGUACAUGCCCCCUGCUGCAGGGCGGCCCACUGGAGGCGGGUACAAAGGCCAAACUACAGUGAGGCCCCAGCUCUGAGCCUGCCCUGGAGGGAGGCAGAGGCCAGGCCCCAGUGCUGGCAGGAGACCAGACCCAACCAGGCCUGAUAAGGUGCGGGCACAUCUGAGCCUGGAACCAAGAGUGGCUGAGGAGAGAGUGCAGAGGUGAGAAGGGAGAGGAGAGGAGAGGGGCUGGGGGGCCGGGUGAGAGCAGGAGGGUCAGGGAGGGGGCUCUUGAUGGGGUGGAGGAAGUGCUGAGGGUCUGAGAGGGGAGGUGCGUGUGUCCAGGCUGGAGCUGCCCCACCCACCUCAGAGGCUGGGAUAGGGAGGUGUUGGACCCUUUUAUCAGGUCCCAUUUCUGGUGCUCCUGGAGUCUCUGCUCAGCCCAGGGAAGAACUAACAUGACUAACCCAGGCCCACCCCAAAUGCUCUGUAACCAGGCCAGGAGGCCUGCUAUUGCCCCCUACCCCUAAGCCAGGCAGUACCGUCUGCCGGCAGCUGUUUGCCUACAGAGAUAAGGCCUGUCCGCUCAUAGCCAUGCACUCCAGGUGUCCAGGAGUGCAUGGGGUCUGGCCUAUUUGGGUGUGUCAUGGAUGGCGCAGUGGGUUGAGGUGGGGAAGGUUCUGGCCUAUAGAGGGGAACCCUAGUUAGACUUUAGGAAGCCACCUUCAGUGCUUCUGGAAUGAGGCAGGGACAAAUAAAUAAAUCAACAACAGA